UGGCUGCGUCCUGCCGUCGGCAGAAAGGAAACUCCUCCCUUUAAAAAUAGCUCAGUCGGCGGCACGCACACUCGGAGGCACGCAGCACAACACCAUGGUCUCAUGGAUCAUCUCUAGACUGGUUGUGCUCAUUUUUGGCACGUUGUAUCCUGCCUACUCUUCUUAUAAAGCUGUGAAAUCCAAAGAUGUAAAGGAAUAUGUAAAAUGGAUGAUGUAUUGGAUAAUAUUUGCACUUUUCACAACUGCAGAAACCUUCACAGAUAUUUUCCUUUGCUGGAUUCCAUUUUACUAUGAACUUAAAAUUGCCUUUGUGGUUUGGCUGCUAUCUCCAUACACAAAAGGUUCCAGUGUUCUCUACAGGAAGUUUGUUCAUCCUACUCUUUCAUCUAAAGAAAAGGAAAUAGAUGAGUAUCUUUCUCAAGCAAAAGACAAAAGCUAUGAUGCCCUUGUACACUUUGGAAGGAAAGGCCUAAAUGUAGCAGCUACAGCAGCUGUAACAGCUGCUGCAAAGGGUCAGGGUGCACUAUCUGAGAGGCUACGGAGCUUCAGCAUGCAAGAUUUAUCAGCUAUUCAGAGAGAUGGGACUGUUCAAGGUCCAGUUCCUUCACGGACACCAACUGCACAACCUAGAUCCAGAAUCACAUUAAGGAGCAACUCAGAAGCCACUGCAGGGGAGGAAGUAGACAUCAGAGACAAUGAGGUGCUGUAUACUGAUCUGUGUGACAAGACAAAGUGCACCACUCCUUCAGAAGAUGCCUGUUGUGAUGAUGUAAUGGAAAUUAAGCCUAAAGCCAGAUCACAAAAGAGAAGGGCUCCAGAGCCUCCUCCUAGAGUUCUUCGGCCUCGUAUCAAAGCAAGGAGUAUCUCGUCUUCAAACAGUGACACCAUGUGACUGCAAGAUGAUGUUGGGGCGCUGCCAUCAGAAUUCCACAUCAAGAUUGCUUCACUGCCUUAAUGAGAAUACAGUCAACUUACAGAAAGAGAACAGAAACAAUCCGUACAAGGCAUUAUGAUGUUGAUCCUACCAAAGGCAGCAGAGUUUUCCUUUCAUGACUUUUUGACUGGGUUUGUCUUUUAAUUAAUUUAUUAUUUUUUAUUUUAUGGUGCUGUUUUCCAUUUUGAAAGGAUUGCUAGAAAAGCUGAGAAUUUGUACACACAACUGUUUAGGCACUUGAUUAUUACAGAAUUGCCUGAAUUAAAACAAUCAAGUUAACUUGGUCACUUCUCUUUGUAAUCAGUACAUUUAAAGAUGCAUCAAACCCCUGAUUGGCAUGGUUAUUUUCACAUUUGGAGUUGCUUGUAGGGGUUAAUUUAUGUCAUCUGUUUUGCAGGAAGGGUCAUGUGUCCUAGAAGUGGUACUGGUGUUUUCAUCAUAAUUUCUAAUUGUUUACAAAUACAGAAUCUUACUGCACACACAAUAAACCUACUCUUUACAUUUUUGCAGCAGGUCUGUUGUCCAAUGUAGGCUAACAAAAAAGGAAAUUUUGACAGAUGAUUGGGGAGCAUCAAGUAAAUGUUUUAAAAUCAGUCCCAUGUGCUGCCUUCCUGAGUUGGUGAAAAAUAAUGGGAAAAUAUAGUUUGUAUUAUUAUUAUGCAGGUAUGUAUGUUACCAUCAAGAUUACCAACUGGCUCCUAAUGAACUCAAAAAAUGAAUUAAUGUUAUAACGAGCAGUAGUAAGUACCUGAGUUUUUGAAGAAAUAAUGUUUGCUAACUAUAUCCAUCCAUCCAUCCAUCCAUCCAUUUUUCUCUGCUUUUCUUUUUGGGCAGGGGCAUGGGGUAACCACAUUCUUAAGACUGAAGUGAAUAAAUGCUGUGCACUAGUCUUAACAGUUUUGUGAAAUGAGUGAAAUGAAAAGGGGAUUCACAUCUUUGUAUAGUGCAGUCCAUUUUCUCAAAAAGUCAUAAGUUCCAUUUCCCAAAUCCACGUUUUGUCCAUUGCAGAGACCAAACAGAAACUAUUGUACACAGAGACAUAGUACAGUUUAAAUACAGCUAAGGGAUGCAUUUUAACAAGAAAAACUACUACUUUGCAGCUCAUCUACAAAUAAGUUAGGGAUAUAUUGUUAUAUGAAAUAAAAGCAGUCACAAACACUCUUAAGAAUUGGACAUUUAAAUUUCAUCAAAUUUUAAUCAAAGUACAUUUCAGUUGUUCCAUGUUUCUAGACAUGUUAGUUACAGUUUGAUUGAAAGUUAAACCAUUAGUUGAGUGAUUGUUCUUUUACUUACCACUUUUUAUAGUGAGCACUGUUAUAAAGGUGUUUACAAAAAAGAUAACUGUAUGUUUUUAGGCAAAUGACAAAAAGGAAGCUGUGUACCUAACUAAACCAUUCAGUGCUCUUCUGAAGUGUGGAUCAGGGUUUGAACACCUAAUCAACUGAACUGUUGACAGCAAACAUGGCCAAGUUAACAGAAUCAAAAGUAAUGUUAGCCAGAUAUGUGCCUUUCUAUCACCUGAUUUUUUUGGGAAGUCAAUGUUUCCUUAACUGGUUUCCCCAGCAAGUGUUAGGAGGUGUACAAACAAAAGAAAAGUGGAAAAAAAAUCAUGCACAUGUACAGAUGUAUCUCCAGCAAUGGCUCUGGAAUAAUUCAAUAUAUAUAUUUUUCUGUUUUAACAUUGAAAUAAUAACAAAAACAACCCUGCAUAAUUAAUGAUAAUAAAAUACAAUUGACAUUAAUUUGACCUUCUUCCAAUGGUCAUAUUUCAGCAACACUGGAAAAGUAGUUUGAAAUGUGUUAAGUGCGUUGGCAGGAAUAAAUUUUUGGUCAAAAAAAAAAAAUCGCUCAAGCAUAACAACGUAUUAUAUCAUAUCUACUACUUACUGGAUUGUUGCUAUGAUGGAUUUACUGUAUUGUAGGUUGCCUUAUUCUCAAAUUUAGCAUCUUACAUUUGCAAGAUUCUUUCAUAAUGUGUACAAAAUAAUGUCCAAUUGACAUAAUGAUACAGACCAAAUAUAACAGGCCAUUGUUUGAAAGCACAUGAGCUGCAGUCACAAUCAGUACAUCUUAGCAUGUCAAUGAGAUUUAUUAUCAUCUUUCCACAAUGCACAGAGGCUGAGUAGCAGGAACAGCAGUCUUUAUUUAGUCUUUCAUUUCUCAAAUGUAAUUAGUUCCUCAAACAAAUUUGCAGCAGGAAAAAUGUUUCGUUUCUAAUAUUGAAUUAAAAAUGACAAUGUGUAUGACAUUUCCCUUUUUUCACUCCAUGGUUUUAAGGAUUGAGAAGUUUCAUCCCAAAUUUGCCUUUUUUGUAUAGUUUAAUACCAUUGUGCUCCAGUGUAACUUUGAAUCCACUUUCACUCUAAUGGUGUAAUAUUAUAUAAUGAUGUUCAAACUCUGUUACAGUGUAGCAGUGACACCAUCUGUGCAUCUUAUGAAGCAAGGUUCUAUAACGUAAAACAUUUUUCUUUAUUCCCCCAGUCCAAUUAGUCACUUGUACUCCACUGCGUCGUGGUGCUAUGGACACAAAGCCAUUUUUUGCUAUGAUAGAUGUUUCCUCCAAGUACUUUGAGCUCCUCACUCAGUUCAAAGACAUGCAGGUUAGGUGGAUUGGCAAUGCUAAAUUGACAUUGAUAUAUAUAUAUAUAUAUGUGUGUGUGUGUGUCUGUGUCUGUGUGUUCACCCUGCGAUGGCUUUGCACUGAUGCUUGCUAGGGUAGACCCCAGCUUCCCCUGUCCCCUGUUCUUGAUAAGCAGGUAAGAAAGAUGGUUGGAUGAAUGGAUAAAAAACUAACUGGAUUUAUCUGGUGUCUUAUUUUUCAUCUCUGACAAAUAAAGGCCUAACUUAUUGCUUAGUCAACUUUAAAAGGAAUCAUUCUGCCUGUGUACAACCAUAAGCCAUGGAACGCACCACAGCCCACUGGUUAACCAUUGAUAAUUUUGCUUUCUAAAAUGGUGUGGCUCACUCUUUGCUCCAAUAUCUAACAACUGUAGAUUUACUUUAUGGACUGGACUACUAAAGUUCAUACACUAUGUGAUAUGCACAUAUGGUGUUUGAUAUUCUAAACGUAGAUAAGAUUGGUUCGUUCAUUAUUUUAGAUCUUUUUAGGUCCUUCACCCUGUCCUCUGAGUGACUGCUUCAAGCCACUGCUUGUUACAUGAGUGCCAAGACUGCAGGUUAUUAUUUUUGUUUCCUGUGGCAAUGUGGAUCUGUUUCAACUCUUUCUUGUACUUCAAGGCUCAUUUAACUCCACUUUGUAUACCACUACUUUGUAAAAGCAGCUUACCCACAUGAAAGCACUGUGAAUUUUAUUAGUCUUGAUGCUGCCUGGAACAAUUUGUCAAAUUGGUUAAGGCAGUUCUGAACAUUAUUGGUGUUUGCAAAAUGUAUCCUGACACAGGUUUAGAAAAUGAAGUAAACAUUGAACAUCCUGGUAUGAAACACAAUUAUGGCAGCACUGUCCUAAAUCAAAGAAAAUUAUUUUAUGGCUUGAGCUAGGAUUCUUGUUUUUCAGUUGUUUUCUUAGUAGGUUAUUUUUGGCUGAGACAUCAACAAGAAAAGAUAGAUUUGAAAAAUGGAUUGGUUAAUGUUAAGAUUUGAGUGUUCAGGACUGUAAUUAUUAACUGGCACUAAGUACAGACUUUUAUGAACCCCAUUUGAACAAUUUUACUAUCUGAUUUAUAAUUCGGGAAUACAUAAAGAUUGAAGUAUUUUGAGUCCAAGGAGGUUCAAGAAGCAGGUCAGUCCUUAGUCAAUUAAUGUGGGAUUAAGCAGUUGGAAUAAUUGAUCCAAUGACAGACAGGUGCAUACAUGGAUAUUAAACUCUACACAUCUCAAUUCUAUUUCCAGUAUCUUGUACUGGUGGGGAAAUAAUUUUCCGAUAACCCUAAUUAAUGUCUUGACAAACAUGUUCUCAUUUUACCAAAGAAAUCAAAUUAUGUUUUCAAUUCUACAUUGAAAGCUUCAAUAAAAUGAAUAGGAUUUCAGAUAAAUUUUGUUAAAUGAAGUAAUUUUCAAUUACUUUGUACUAUAAAUUGAGCUCCAUACUUAACCUUUAACCCUUCCAGGAGCACAAAACAAGAAUAAUUUUUCGAGUAAACUCUUUUAAAAAUGGUGGAAUUCUCUUAAUAUUUAAAAAUUAAUUGUUCAGUGUGAUGAUUGAAUGGACUGGCACCCGUCCAAGUUUGGUUUCUUGUAUCCAGUGCUGCUAGAAAGGCUUUGGCUCCUGAUGUUCCUGCAUUGGCUUAAAGAGUGUUGAAACUAGAAUGAGUUAAUAUCUCUUUUUGACAAACCUGUGUACUACUCCUCCUUAGUGUGAAGUGAUUACUUCAAUAUUAUAAUUUUGGUUUGUGCUGGCCCAGUUUUUAAGUGAUGCGCUAUGUAAUGUUGGUUCCUUUCUUUGACAUAUUGUUGCUUGUUUUAAGUUCCCCACAACCAUGAAUGGGAGUGGCCAAAUUUUAAAAUGGAUCGAUGAUUAUUAAGAAUUAUGAAUCGCUAGAGGUGGAAUUAUUAAUCACAGCACAGUGGGCAAGCUGAAAACCUUGAUGUGCACCUUGACUUAAACACCAAACCUCAGUAAAGGGUGUAUCCAUAGGAUGGUGUGAAGGUAAACUAUGAAGUUUUCCAUAUAUCCAUCCAUCCAUUAUCCAACCCGCUAUAUCCUAACUACAGGGUCACGGGGUUUCCAUAUAUCACUCAUCCUAUAUACAGCAUGGCCUGGUCACAUUAAAUGUGGUGAAGACUUAUAUAUUGGUUUAUUUUGGAGUUUGAAUAUAAAGCAAAAAAAAUGACAGCAAGUUGUGAAAGUGAAGAAGUGAAAGUAGAAAACAAAUAAUACUGUUAGUGAGUAACCUACUCUGCCAUGGUAAGAUACAGUAGACUGGGUGUUUUUUUUUGGUACAAGUCCUGUUUGUUUAUCCUUUGCUUCUUAAAAAUGUGAGCCACUUCUUUUACAUGCACUUUAAAAAGUGCAAGGUUUACACUAAAUACUGGGCUGCUCAGGGAGACCGGUGGGGGUACCAUUAAAACACAGAGAUGGAUGUGUAUUUUUCUGUGUAUUAUUACACAAUAAAAUAAUACUAACCUUUAACAACAGUACACUUAAUAAAACACGUCUGAAUGAACAAUGCCUCAAGGAGAGCUUUCAAAGUAUAUAAGAGAUUAAUUUCCUGAUGUCUACAGCUGAUAUAAUGGAAGGAUGAAUGACUUCGUCAUGGACACACUGUGGGUCAGAAGUGGGGUUUAACUGACAAAUUUUGCUGUGUUAAGUUUCACUCUACUGAGAAAUGCAGAGUUAGUAAAUGUUAACUAGUAUUAAACUUAUUCAGGUUUAAUUGAAAUGUAACCAUUUGCAAUAUGGUCUACUGGGUUAGCUGUUGGACGACAAACAAAACACGUCAGCGGAUGCCUCACCACUGAGUCACUAAGCGAAUUCCUCCUACUUCCAGUUGUAGAACAAAGGAAACAAUUGAUCUUGUGCUGUUUCUUGGGGCCAUGUUCUCUACAGAAAGGUGUUAUAUAAAAGUAAAGUAUGCUACAGUUAAAAAGAUUACUACAAAUUACAAAAACAAUGAAUGGAAGAAUUCAUUUUUGUUUUCGCUUUCUAAAAUUAUUGGUAACACCCUCCUUGUAAAUUCUACAAUAUUUCUAAUUUGUGCAUGAUAAGGAGUGCUGCCAAUGUGUGUUUCACUAUUCUAGUAAUCAAAGUAGGGUCACUAGUUUAUUGGGCUAUAGCUGCAAGAAAUUUAAUAAACAAAAAAACCAGCACAAAUGCAUAUGAGUGCAACAAAUGUGGUAAGCCUGUCUUACUGUAUCUAUACAUGACUCACAAAUAUCGCUAUUGUUCAGUAAGUGCCGAGAGCAAACAAACUAUUGUGCAAACAGAUAGGUCAAAGUAGACAAUUUGACCGGAAAUCCGGUGUGUAUUUAUUAAAAGACAUUUCAGACUAAUAAAGUCAUGAGGAGUACAGUACCUGUUCAUGCCCAGAUGUCCACUACAAUGGACCAGACAUUAACCUUCAGAGUUUUCUGAUCAUUAAUGGAAUAUAUACUUGUUUUAUUUUACAAUGUGAUGUGUAUGAAUGAAUGUGAUGCCAACCUAUCUUGGAUUCUGUUUAUCCUGAAAGGGCUGUAGGCAUCCAAAUGAGCGCUAAAAAUGUUAUUGCUAAGAUGUCCGGCUUUAGGAUAUGAAAUUCUGCAAAGCAAAAGGAUGUAUAGCUGGCUGACCUUGUGCUGUCAGAGCCCACAAAUGAGAAAGAAUCUUUUCUUGGGUAGGAAAAAAAUCUAAAUAUGUAUUUGAAUGCUAAGCUUAGUAUCACACACAAGAGAGUUGUUGAUUGUAGUACUGUUUGUAUUAUGGAGUUUAAAUUGCCUUAUGUGAGAAGAUGGUGUUUAAAAAAAAAAAAAAAAAUCACUUAUGUUUCUCUGUGUAUAUGUAACUAAAUGAAUGUGUUUCUGUUAAUAUUGCUAGUGAGUGUUAAAACAAGUGCAAACACAGGCAUAAAAUAUGUCACUGCUUGUCUUAUAAUGUAUAUAUUGAAUUACUGUAAAAUGUGAAUGGAGUCAUAUUUGUACGUUUUUGCAGGUUUUCCAGUCCGCAGCACUGAAACUGGAGCAGGAAUAGGGACAGGGGUAUCACUGAUAUUAUACACUAUUUCACAAUGUAUACAAUUAAUGCAUGACAAAUUUUGUUAAUUAACAUUUUCCUACAUUUGAGUCCAGAGACUUGACUCUAACAUGCCCAACAUUCAAGGCCUUGCUGAUGAAUGUAUCGCCCCACUUGCAAAUUGUUUUCCACCCUUUUUUGUUACUUUUUUAUUAUAAGAUAAAAACUUAUCAGUUGGCGUGGAGAAGAAAUAUGUUUUAUAGUAUCCGUCUUUUCCUUCUGUUUAAAAAAACAAAACAAAAAACUUGUAAAAAUCCUUGCCCUAAUGUGGAAUGCUGUUUAUUGAUAAGAUACUGUAUGUGACUGUGAAUUCAUCAGCAUAAACAUACAUUUGAAACUGUCUUAAUUUUUAUUUUGUUAUUUUUUUUUUUUUGAUUUUGAGUGCAUGUUAGUCUGGCAGGCCAGAACUUAUUCUGAAGUGUAAAUGUAUUAAUCAGAAUCAACAGUCUGCAGUCAGGACAAUUUGCUCACUAUCGCAAGACGAUUCUUCACUGAGUGCUUGUGUGUUCCAAAAUUUUUCAUCUGUACACACAUUUGAGCGCACCAAUGUCAUUAAAAUAAAAUGUUUCAACACAA